AUGGUCGCUACUCAAGUCGUUGUUGGUGCCCUCUGCCUCUUGGCUGGGGUAGAGGCAGCUGUCCCCAAGAUUCCGGGGUACUGGCUGACCUGGGCCGAUGACUUCAACGGUCGACGUGGCAAUCUUCCCAAAGAAAAGAACUGGAUCUUUGACACCGGUUCCAGCUACCCAGGUGGUCCUCCCAACUGGGGUACGGGCGAGAUUCAGACCUACACCAAGAAUCCCGAGAACGUCCACCUCAACGGCAAGGGUAAUCUCCAGAUCACCGCCAUCCGUCAAAACGAUGGAACCUGGACCUCUUCUCGCAUCGAAACUCAGCGAGCCGACUUCAUGGCCAAGAAGGACAGGUCGAUGAUCAUUCAAGCCAGCCUGAAGUUCCCAGCCCUCGGCGACAACGGUGUCGGCUACUGGCCUGCCUUCUGGACUCUGGGCGCCGAAUAUCGUGGCAACUACUGGAACUGGCCUGCUAUCGGCGAGUUCGAUAUCAUGGAGAACGUUAACAACCUCAACCGUGGCUGGGGCACGCUUCAUUGCGGCACCAACCCUGGCGGCGUGUGUAACGAACCCAGCGGCCUGGGUAACAGUCUAGUCUGCCCCAACGCCCCCUGUGCUGGUAACUUCCACACGUACUCCAUCGAGGUUGACAGGACGUCUUCUCCCGAGUUCCUGCGCUGGUACAUCGAUGGGCAGAAGUACCACGAAAUCAACGAGACGGUGCUGCCGCCUGACGUUUGGGAGAAGACGGUCCACCGUCCUCACUUCAUCCUUCUCAACAUGGCGUUGGGAGGCGGUUUCCCAAAUGCUCUGGCGGGUGGUGACACACCGUUCAACACCACCCAGUCGGGAGGGCAGCUCGAGGUCCGAUACGUCGCUGUCUACAACUCGCGCGCUUCGCAUGAUAAGAUCACCUUGAACCCUCAAACCGACCUUGACUCAGAGACCGCCGACCCCGCUACCAGUCUUGAUGUCGACCCCAGUGCCAGUGGCUCUGCUGAUCUCGAUCUCUCCCUUUAA